AUGGUACUGUAUCCUGGUGGCGGUCCAGGCCGAAGCACGGCUGUCAAUUCUCCUCGACACCUAACGAUUCGCAAUACCCGACGUAUCAUCACAGCGGCACAGUUGACUCAGUCAGUCCCUCUGUCAUUCGAAGAAGUCCCAGCGAACGCCAUUGCUACAGUUCAGUCAAUAGUGGCAACAACAGCAUCUGAGGAUGUGGAAAGCGACGCAAUUGCUGUUGCAGCUGCUGCACCAGACACAGGCGACUUGACUGAUGACGACAAGCUCAACGUCAAACUCAAGCCUGGGCAGGAGCAGAUAUUUUCAUACUGGACUCCAGGCCUCAAAGCUGGCAAGGAGCAUAGCAUCCGAGUAACACAGACUAUCGAUGGCCACAAGCCUAGAGAUACGCCCCUCAAGUUGGAAUCGAGCAAGACGUUUUUUGUAGAUGCUCCGCAGUUCUCCCUUCCGGAAGAUGCUAUACACUCAAUUUACCCGCCUCAGGGAUAUCGGGAUGAUGCUCGAAUCCUACCUCAUGUCGUUCUUACCGACCCUCACUUGCCUUGGGAGAGGAUUGGAAGUCCCAAAAGCGAAGGUGCUGAUGAAAAGGCUGGCGGUCGCCCACGUACCAAGGUACCCUGGUUGAUUCUCUGUUCGUUCACCCAGGAAGAGCUUGCUCUCCCUGCAAAACACUUGAAUGGCGAUGAGAGCAUUUUCCCAGGCACCACCACCAGCACUGGUCUAAUUCAUCCUGUGCAGCAGUCAAACACCAUGACCGUCAGUAUGAGUAUUGCAGAUCUUCUGAAUACCAAGACUGCGACACCAAUCACGAAGGAAACUGUAUCAGGCCCUGUCGAUAAGACACGAGGCGACUUCAUCUUCUUGAAGAAAGAGAUGUAUCUCAAUUUGUUCUGCGAUUUUGACGAUAAGGGUGCCCGCCAGGACCCUCCGGUGAUCAACACGGUUCCCUAUGGCCUCCUCGCCCAUGUACGGCACGUCAAUGCGUCAGGAAUGGCGUUAGCUGGGGUCGAGGACUCAGUCGUCUUUUCCCUAGUGAUUGGGAAUCGUGCUGGACCGGUCAACAUUACGACACCAGCCACUGUGUCAGUACAUCUUUUGUCAAUUGAGGGCGUGGAAACAAUGCUACCGUCCUUCGAAUCAACAAUCGAUUACGUGGCUAUGUGUUCUUUAUAUAGCUGGAACUACACCGUGAAUCCACCUGGCAUGGUCAAUGUCUACGACUCCUUCACCAGCUUAGGCAAGACGCUGGAUGUGCUUCGUCCUCCGGAAACCAUCUUGAAGCCACUUCUGCCGCCCGAAGAGACGGAUCCGAACAAGACAAGAUCCAAAGAACAAUUACGUGUUGGCGCACGAAUGAACGAUGGGUACUCGAUUGUCAAGCAUCGACUCCAGACAGGAGAAGACACGGUAGCCUUCUUCAGAGGCCCAUUCACGCCAACCUUGGUGGGCAAGACAGCUCCGAUCUGGGAUCGCUGUUCGAAUUCUGGCCAGGAUUUGCAAAUCAUGGAUCCGAUCCUGGGAAUCAUGGACAUCACCUACUCUUCAGCCUGGCAAUUGGGUCGUGUACUGGCCCUUGGCGAUGAAGGUUUCAUCACCGCGCUGGGUAGGCUGAGGACGGCCAUCCACAAACCAGCAAUGAAGGAAGCCGAGAUUGAAGCUGUUCGAGCCAUCAACCCUACGGCCUACAGGAGCAAGCAAGAUCUUUUGUUCGACCUGCCAAGUUUGGUUCAGGGACUGGCCGAUAUCCAAAACCUGGGCGCGACGCCGCAGCAUAUAGCAUCAUCAUUAUCGCCAAAUCCUGCUGACGAUGAUGGUGAAGGGGUUGAAGAUGGCGGAAGCAACGCAGAUAGUGCUUCUGAGACAGUUGAUGCCACCCAAUUUGGACCAGGCGGCAUCAAGAGGCGAUGGCAUAGGCGCCGUCUCCCUCGACGUGAGAUCCCCGACUUGUCUUUCUUUUCCAAGCGCAUCCAAUCCCGAUACCCCGAAGCAGCAGAGAAGGCUGCUGGGAGACUCUCUGGAAGCACCGACGGUGGUGUAUACGAUGAAACCAACGUUCCCGCCUCAACAGACUGGAUGAUUGUUAUGACAUGGCUGCUCGGCAAGAUGUUUCUCGACGGUGUUCCUUCGCACUAUCUCAUCACAGACCCUUCGCAUCUACCCGAAGAGAGCUUGCGUUUCUUCUACAUUGAUCCCAACUGGGUUGAAGCUCUACUAGACGGUGCCCUCAGUCUUGGUAACCACCGCGGCGACGAUCGAGACCGCGUUGCCAUCAAGGAGGCGUUCAAUAAAUACAUCUCAAGCACUCCAGAGCAUACCGACUUUACUCCGCAGAUACCAACGUAUGGUUUCUUCCUCCGGUCAGAUCUUGUCUCCAUGUACCCCGAUCUCAGGGUCACCACACUGCCGCCACCAGAGCAGCUACCUCCUGGAUACAAGGACCGCGCUCCAUUGCUACGUCACACCAUCAUUGCCGACGGCGUCAUGUUUGGGCUGCUAGACCGCGCCCCUAGCUCAGAGAUCUUUACUGGCCUAGUUUUCACUCAGCCGCCACACCAGCAGCGGUUUGCCGUUGGUGAUAGCCUGGAUGAUAAGCACCUUACUAUCAACAUUCGACGUCAAUACACCACACCAGCGGCCGGUCAGGUACCAGAUAAAGAUAGACACCGCACUCUCCCGCCAACCAUUGAGAAUAAGCCCCUUGAGAAAGACAGUUCCAAGGACAACUUAUUCACAUGGGGCUCUGAAGUCGGUCGUAAUGAUCUGCGGACGAUGCGUAUUCCUCAGUACGCUGCCAAGCAACUCACAGCAUUGCAAGGUCCUUGGCCAAAGGAUCCGGAGGACCCGAACGGUCCUUCUGGGGGUGAGCUGACUCCGGAUGGACGUCGCUAUUUCCAGGAUGAUGCGACCUCUUCGGCCCUUUUUGCCAUGCAGCUCAGUGACCCCAACUACAGUCUUACGGUUAAUUUUAAAGGUGACAGCUCUGCCGGCGCGAGACUAGCAUCAUUACUUCCGCCUGGGCCGCCAGGUGAUGUUAGUAUCUCAAGUACCAGCCCCAUGGCACUCAGUGCGAGCAGCACCCCUCUGUUAGUGGCUAGCAGCAGCCCACGAACACUGAAGAUCCUCAAACCCCCUGUUGUGCAAAGGCUUCUCGCAUCACCGGGUAGUGACACAAGUGCUGCGGCGGAGAAUGAGAUCAGCACGGACGAUGAUGAAGGUUCACAUACAGAGAGCGACACUGAUGAUGACCGCUUCUCCCAUCCGCCAGACUACAUACCUCCCAUCACAGCUUCCUCUUGUCAUGGUCCGCAUGUACCGCAAAUCCCCGAGAUCAUAGCAGCGAGUGAACCAUCUUCCGAAGACAAUGGCGAUGAAGACACACCAGAAACGGACACUCCAUCCUCUUCCAGCGGAGGGGCAGCACAGCCGACUUUAAUGUCGACCUUUGCUACCAGUACUACAGUUACUGCUACCACGUCAAGCCGUGCUCGACGAGCUCUGGGAAGGCCCCAGGGUGAAGACCCCGGAGGGAUGCCCUCCUUCGACAUCAGCAUCUACACCCGUGGCGUCAGAUCCAACGUGAUUGAGAUCCCUCAAGAUCCCAGUGUACAACUAGCCCAAGAUCUCAUCUUCUCCAUACGAGCCAAGGACAACGACAAUGGAGACGCAUGGAAGCUCAUGGAACUUAACCUGACCAUCCCGUUUGGUCAACCUGUUUCCGCUGACACUGCUCUCCAGACAUCUGAUUACUACCUCAUGUCGCAAUACACCGGUCCCGGAGCUACCAUACUCCGCAAUCUCCGCUUCAACGUCCUCGUGUCUCUUGUGACGAAGGAUGAGAAGCCAGCCUUGCAGCUUCGUUUACUCCCCAGAGCGAAAGACGGCUUUAUCCCAAUUGAUAAAGUUGACAAUAUCAGUUUCUUAUUGGCCUUGGCGGAUAUCAAUCGCUGGGAUGGCAAAACUCCAAGGGUUUUGCAGCCGAAGAGUGUGCAGCCACUGGAUGCGGCGCCGUUUAAGCAAUUGCACUACAAGGACGGGGUCAAGGCACAGUAUCACCCAAGGACGGAAUCAAAUCCCCCCAGGACUCAAGCGUUGGAUAUUUCGGUGUUUUAUUCAGAUUAGCUGCCAAAUUGAAG